AUGGCUUCGACGUCGGUUCAUCAAGCUGAAACUGGGACCGGGGCCGAGUUGGACGAGUCGAGCGUGGUCACGUCGUCGACGCGAGGUGGUCCAAGUCGGGUGGUGCUUCCCGACAGUCCGCCAUUGCCGUCGUCAUCGUCGCAAUUCCCGCCCUGGUCCACGUCAGCAAGAUCACCGAGACCGACACGCAUGUCGUCCAUGGCUUCGACCUCAUCCGUCUCGUCCUCCACCGGCGGUGCCGUGGGUGAAUCCGCCGCGAGUGCCGCCGCGCGCAGGUGGAGGCAAGCCGCCGCCACGAACCCGUCCAUGAAUGGACAAGAUGAUACCGCCCCAUCAACUGCGUCGACUUCCAUCCUCGACGUUGCACUGCUGCCUUUAGUUCCGUACGUCCCACGAGGAGCCAAGGGAUUGAGCUGUUGCUGCGUGGUGCGUGUGUGUGGACUGACGCGCGGUCUGAACACGCGCCCGUGUCUCAUUUCACAGCCUGCCCCACCACCUCGCUCCCUAUCUCACCGAAUCUUCGCCCUUGACCCCUACGGAGAAGCGCACCCUGUUCACCUCGUGCUUCCUGCGUGCUGCAUCGGCGAACAAUCACGACACUCUCGAAUGGCUGCUGUCUAUACCGCGUGAUCCGACGCUUUCACAUGCCGAGAAUGCAGCCAACCACCGACGGCGCUUCUCCGCGGCGGGCAACAUUGCUCUCGAAUCCCUCGCCGCUACAACAUCACCGCACCUAGACGAGACGCACAACCUCCCCGAUGAUGCACCCCGGAAGUGGGUCGACAUUGAAGCCGUAGACCAGGGCGGCAACACCGCAUUGGUUCUCGCCGCAGCUUUGGGCCAUUCCGAAUCUGUGCGAGCGCUCGUCGAAGGCGGAGCUUCUGUUGCGCAAGGCGACAAUGCAGGAUGGACACCGUUGCACUGGGCCGUGCAGAACAACGAUCUCGCCAUCGCGGCUUACCUCUUGAAUCAUCGAGCCAACCCCAAUGCCCACAGCAAGAAGGGUUUGACUCCGAGGGACCUCAUCAGCAGGCACGAGCAGGGCACAGCGAUGAUGGAUGUGUUGGAUUUGGCUGACGCGAUGGCGAACGAAAGGGAGAACGAGGAAAGUAUAUUAGAAGAAGACGGGUCGAGCGAGAUCGAAGAGGGGAGAGUGAUGAUCAGCGGUGCUUCGAGCGUCAGCGAAGGCAGACUUUCGAAGACGAACGUACCGCCGCUUUUGGCAACGGGGCUGGGGACACCAUGGCCAGGCGGGAUAGAAAAGCUCGAGAAGGACAGGAAAGCCGCAGAGGCGCAGAGGAUGACGGAAUUGAUCGCCGAGACGGCGAUGUAUCUCGAAUUGGACGCGGGACUGCUCGGAGCGAAGAAAUCCACCGAAACAAAGUCCGUUUCGCCAACAUUGAUGGUACGCAAACGUUUUGUUCGUUCCGGUGUCGUACUGGGAAACUGACACUUUUCGAUCCCGCUUCACAGGGCCGACUCUCCACCGAUGAUCCGGAAUCGGACGAAGACGAGGAGCCGCCCCCGGAGUUUGAUUGGGACGGAUGUUCCCCAGAUCAAAUGCUCGUCUUCACGUCAGAGGACUUGCCUAUACUUCUCGACGUCGUUGUAUCCCACUUUAAACCGGUGCGGCGGCGGAGCCAACGUAUGAUCCCGGCGAACGCCCUCUUCCUUUGUGCUCGCUAUGCUCACCGAUACGGGCCUCCCGAGUUGUUCGAGGAACUUCUCGUGGGGGCAAUGGAGCGGAUCGAAGCGGCCCUCCACGAUCGGCCGGACGAUAUGGCCGUGUCGUUGUUCUGGCUAUCGAACAGCUUGCUGCUGCUGUACUACCUUCGGAAGGACACACCGCUGUACAACGCGACCGAGAUGUUGAGGGUGCACCUCGCCGACCUCAUCAAUGUGCUCUUCGUUUUCAUCCUCCGCAACGCCGAGCAAAGAUUCGACAAAGUCCUGGACAUGGCAAUAAUCGAAUACGAGGGUCUGCCGGGCCUCGAAGAUGUUGAUUUCGAGGAUGAGUGGCGAUUCGUCAAGAAGCUCACAGGCCGGAAGAGUAAGAAGGCAGGAAUGGUCAAGAGCUCGUCGGCUCGAAACAUCUUUGGCGGGAACGACGUCGCAGUAUCGCCACUUCGCACUCCAAACUCGACACAGGCCCCACCACCACCCGCGGAAGCGACUCCUGCCACCGUCACCGCCAUCCUUUCGUCACUUCUUUUCGUCCUCCAAAUUUAUGACCUCCCGCCGUCGAUCAUCGUCCAGGCCUUCUCGCAGCUUUUUUACUGGAUCGCAUGCGAGCUCUUCAAUCGGCUCCUGACGCAGAAGAAGCAUCUUUGCCGAUCUCGAGCGAUGCAAGUUCGACUCAAUGCUUCUGCACUCGAGGAAUGGGCGCGUACGAACCGGCUACCUCGACGUAUCGUGUCGCUUCAUUUCGCGCCGCUGAACCAUCUACUACAAUGGCUGCAAUGCCUGUCGAGCGAGACAUCAGUGGACGGGAUCAUCGGGACAAUCCAGAACCUUCACGCGCUCAAUCCGAGUCAGUUGCUUCGAGCGGCCAGGGACUAUCGCUACGAGGUGGACGAGAUCAAGAUCGAACCUGAGUGCACCGAGUACCUCAAGCAGAUCGAGAAGCAAUGGGAGAGAAGCAGGAUACAGAAGACGACGGACGAGGUCAUCAAUGGGGGUGCGAGAUCGGCGCCACCCGUUCCGCCCUCGUCGCGAUCGAACGAGAAAAGAGGGUUGCUGGAUGAAGGCGCUGACAUAGAUAGCUCACCCGAGUUGGGACGGUCACCGGCGCUUCGACCUCGUCCUUUGACCCCGGUCCAAAGAACCAACGGUGGCGUUACCCCUCCCACAUCACCGCAAUCAGCCGAAGCUGAGAUCCUGGAAAAGGUGACCAAGAUGAUCGAUCAGGUCUUUUCCGACCCCGAGUUGUUCGACUCCUACACCCCAUCCGGCGCGGCUGAAGCUUUUGGAGAGCUCUUGAACUCCAAGUACAUGCUCCCGUUCGCCCUCCCCACCUCUGCCGAUCUACUGCUCCACUUCGAUAGCCCCGACGCCUUCGGAGCCUUCGCAACGCCGACGUGGGGCUCCGUCGCAGGCUCGCAUUCGCACGCGGGAUCAAUCGUUGAUCCAAUGUCUCCCUCCAAAGCGUCGAACAUGUCCAAUAGCGUUGCUUCUGAUGCCGGGUCGAUCAUCAUUCGAACGGCUUUCGCACCGGUGUUGUCGGAGGAGUUUUUCGACUUGCUCGACGCGGCGAAACGACGCGCUCGCGUUGGUAACAACGUGGCGGAGGAUCUUGCUGGAGGAUGGAGGUCAAGAUUACCUUCAAGCGAUGAUGAAGAGGACGAAGAUCCGGAGGAAGAGGACGCGUCGUCUGGGGUUGUCGAUGGAGAAAGAUCUUUCGAUUCCGUCGACGUCGAUGCCACGCCUCGACUACCAUCCUCGGCUACGAUGUGA